UGCAGUGAGGAGCAGCGCACGCGCAAGCCACCCGACGGCUGUGAGGCGCCGGAGAGGUUAGUGUACAGGUUUACCUUGUGCUCUUCAGCUGUUGUGAAGGAGUAUCCUGGCUUGAUCCUGAGCCGCCAUGGGGAAAGUGAAUGUGGCCAAGUUACGUUACAUGAGCCGAGAUGACUUCAGGGUCCUGACCGCGGUUGAAAUGGGCAUGAAGAACCAUGAAAUAGUUCCCUGCAGUUUAGUUGCUUCUAUAGCCAGCCUUAAACAUGGUGGCUGUAAUAAAGUUUUAAGAGAAUUAGUGAAACAUAAACUCAUAGCUUGGGAGCGUACCAAAACUGUCCAGGGCUACCGGCUGACAAAUGCAGGCUAUGAUUACCUAGCUUUGAAAACACUUUCUUCUAGACAGGUGGUUGAGUCUGUUGGAAACCAGAUGGGUGUUGGCAAAGAAUCUGAUAUUUACAUUGUUGCAAAUGAAGAAGGGCAGCAAUUUGCAUUAAAGCUUCACAGAUUGGGAAGAACCUCCUUUCGAAAUCUGAAAAACAAACGUGAUUAUCAUAAACACAGGCAUAACAUGUCUUGGCUUUAUUUAUCUCGUCUCUCUGCCAUGAAAGAAUUUGCCUAUAUGAAGGCAUUGUAUGAGAGGAAAUUCCCAGUACCAAAACCAUUUGAUUAUAAUCGCCAUGCAGUGGUCAUGGAACUCAUAAAUGGCUAUCCUCUAUGUCAGAUACACCAUGUUGAAGAUCCUGCAUCAGUGUAUGAUGAAGCUAUGGAACUAAUUGUCAAACUUGCAAAUCAUGGACUGAUUCAUGGAGAUUUUAAUGAAUUUAAUCUCAUUUUGGAUAAAGAUGACCACAUCACCAUGAUUGACUUUCCACAGAUGGUUUCAACUUCUCAUCACAAUGCUGAAUGGUAUUUUGACAGAGAUGUUAAAUGCAUUAGAGAUUUCUUCAUGAAACGUUUCGGCUAUGAAAGUGAGCUUUAUCCAACUUUUAGUGAUAUCAGGAGGGAGGACUCUCUUGAUGUAGAGGUUUCUGCCAGUGGCUACACAAAGGAAAUGGAGGCAGAUGGUGAACUGUUUCAUCCAGUAGGUCCAGAUGAUAAAAAUAUUGAAACAGAAGACAGGUCUGAAUUCUCACAUUCUGAUGAAGAGAUGUCAGAGAAAGCAAAGGUUUGUAGUUUAGAAAAUCAGAGUGAUCGAAACUCUACAGAUGAAACAGCUGACUGCUGUUGCAUAUCAUCUGGAGAUCUUGAGCAAAUAAAGGAAGAUGAUUUGUCAGAGGAGAGUGCUGAUGCACACAAUUUUGAAAUACCUGAAUUCAUUCGAGCUUUAGAAGAAAUAGAAGGGCAGGAUGUUGACAACAGUUCUGUAACUGAGUGUUCUGAGGAGAAAAACAAAACUGAAAAUGACACCAGGCAAGAUGGUAAAGCAGGUCAAGGAGGAAUCCCCAUGGGCUCUGAAGAGUAUGAAGAUGCAUGCCCUCAUCUGAUUGCCUUGUCGUCGUUAAACAAAGAAAUCAGGCCUUUCAGAGAUGAAGAAAAUACAGAAGAUAUUAAACAGUACAGAACAAGAACUCUGAGUGUUACUUCUGCGGGCAGUGUUUUAAGCUGUUCAACAAUUCCUCCGGAAAUGGUGAAGCAGAAGGUGAAACGUCAGUUGACAAAACACCAAAAAUCAGCUGUCAGACGUCGAUUGCAAAAAGGAGAAGCAAAUAUAUUUACGAAACAACGGAGAGAGAACAUGCAAAAUAUUAAAUCAAGCUUGGAAGCAGCCAAUUUUUGGGGAGAGUAAUAUAUUUAAGAUCUUGAACAUUUUCCAAAAAGUUACUAUAAUCCCUUUUUAAGCCACCCCUAGUCUUUUCUAGACCAAGACAGAUAUAUAAAUAGAUAAAUAAACUCUCUUUCAUCUGUUAA